CUACUUUGCAAGGCCAUUCGGUGAACAAAAGUCAGCUGAAGUGGGAGGUUGUGAUUUGAGAGGGUCUUUGCAUCAUCUGUGUUGGAGCCAGCGAUAAGAGUCCCCUCAGACUCAAAACACUGGCUUUCUCUCUCCUCUCCACUUCAUCCUUUGAGCUACACUUCUGUUUUGGAUUAUUGUUUAUUCUGGGUGGCAAGGAGGAUGACUGUGGUGGACUGACAGAGGAAUUGUCAAGGAGAACUAUCAUUAUUGACACUCUAGUAUUCUUCACCUCACCUUGCAUGGGAUCUUCAGAUGGAAUAAUGCCUUCGUGCUGGAGUAGAAGAUCCUGGCUUCCAGUUGUGAUUGCUGCCACUUUGGUUCUAGUUGCUCUUGCUGGACCCAACCAGAGCAAAAGGGAGGCAGGGUCGUCCUCGUGCUUUGGAGGUUUUGACCUCUACUUUGUCCUGGACAAAUCCGGGAGUGUGCUUAACCACUGGACUGAAAUCUACCAUUUUGUUGAGCACCUAGCUCAUAAAUUUAUAAGUCCACAAUUAAGGAUGUCAUUUAUUGUGUUCUCCACUGAAGGAAAGAUUUUAAUGGGCUUGACAGAAGACAGGGAACGCAUCCGCAAAGGUCUGGAAGAGCUUCAGGGGGUUCAUCCAGGGGGAGACACCUUCAUGCACGAGGGCAUCCUGAGGGCUAGUGAGCAGAUCUACUAUGGAAACACAGAAGGUUAUCGUACGGCCAGUGUUAUCAUAGCUUUGACAGAUGGAGAGCUGCAUGAGGAUCUCUUCUACUACGCUGAGAGAGAGGCUAAUCGCUCCCGGAGUCUGGGGGCCACCGUUUACUGCGUAGGGGUGAAGGACUUCAAUGAGACUCAGCUGGCAAAGAUCGCUGACAGUAAGGACCAUGUAUUCCCUGUCAAUGAUGGAUUUGAGGCAUUGCAAGGGGUCAUUGACUCUAUCCUGAAGAAGUCCUGCAUUGAGAUUCUGGCAGCUGAGCCCUCCAGUAUCUGUGCAGGAGAGUCCUUCCAGGUGGUGGUGAGAGGAAAUGGAUUCCUUCAUGCCCGCAAUGUUGAUAAGGUCCUAUGCAGUUUUCGCAUAAAUGACACCCUGACUAAGACGGUGAAACCUUUGAUAGUGGAAGAUACAUAUCUUCUCUGUCCUGCACCAGUGCUUCAAGAUGAGGGAAUGGCCGCAAAUCUUUAUGUCAGUAUGAACGAAGGUCUGAGUUUCAUCUCCAGCUCGGUCACUAUUACAACUGUGAGUUGUUCUGAUGGGACCAUCCUGGCCAUCACGCUGCUCAUCCUCAUGCUACUCCUCAUCUUGGCUCUCCUCUGGUGGUUCUGGCCCCUCUGCUGCACUGUGAUCAUCCAUGAGCCGCCGCCACCUAUUGCAGAGGAGAGUUCGGAUGAUGAAGACGGUGAUACCCCAAAGAAGAAAUGGCCCACAGUAGAUGCUUCCUACUAUGGAGGAAGGGGAGUCGGGGGAAUCAAAAGGAUGGAGGUUCGCUGGGGUGAGAAAGGCUCCACUGAAGAAGGGGCAAAGCUGGAGAAGGCCAAAAAUGCCAAAGUGAAGAUGCCUGAACAGGAUUAUGUGCAGACCCCCACACGGGUUCUCAACAAUGGCAUGCAAAAACCCCUGGGGGCCCGCAAGUGGUACUCUCCCAUCCAGAGCAAGCUGGAUGCAUUGUGGGCCUUUUUAAGAAAAGGCUACAACCGUGUGUCUGUAAUGAGACCGCACCCUGGUGACAAGGGCAGAUGCAUGAACUUUAUCCGUAUGAAGUCUGCACCCCUUCACUACCCCCACUACAACCAGCACCCAUCUCCCAUCUACACCCCUCCCAGCAGGAGUCCACCUGCCCCACAGGGAACCCUCCCGCCAAUUCCCACCAGCCCUCCAUUAUCUCCCCUGUUCUCUGCUACCCUCCCCCUCCUGCCUUCGACACCCUCCGACACCUCUCCCUCCCCUCCCGUCACCCCCCCCUAUUACACCCCGCCUCCCAAACGGGCUCUGCCACCCACCACCUUGCACAUACCUGCCGCCCCUGAGCUGCCACCCAACCCUCCGCCGCCCAUCUCGCCCUCUGGGACCCUGCCACCCCUGCCGCAAGGCCCCGCCGUGGGACGGGCCCCGCCCCCUGCCCGCCCCCCACCUCGCCCUGGCCUGUAGUUGCUGCAAAGAAAGUCCCGCCUACAAAGAUGAGCACAUGUUUGAUUUUGUGUGCAGGAGAGCAGAGCCCAGCAGGCUGUGGCCUUCCUGCCGUGAGCAGAGGACAAUGAAGACCUGCUUUCUGCUAGUUGUCGACACUGACUGGACUCUUGUGGACUCAAACAAACGGAGCCUGCUCCUCCAUAGAGCAGUUUCACAUGCAGAAUUUGACAUUAUUUACAUGUCUUUUGUAUUAUUGAUGUCUUUAUAUAAUUGAAAGCCGAGCAAUUGCAUGUUUUAUUGGUGCAUUUAUUUCCCUUGUUACGUACGCCACAUAGAUGAUUCCUAUGUGGGUGUAUUUUUGCCUUUGUAUUUGCUGAUGCGUAGACUACACUGAGUUUUCAGGUGAAAAGAAAGGGCGCCCUCGUCAUGUUCCUCACAGUGCUGAAGCAGCGUGGUAUGAGUCACAGCUGGCCUCUAUUUGCGCAUGUCACGGUAAACAGCCGGGGGCUUGGACAACAUCACGUUUGGCACAUUUAUGACCACUCAUGUUCAACUCUGCAAUCACAGAUGCUCUUUCGAUCAAGAUGUGGGGAGAAAUAGACAAUAAACAGGAACGUCUGUAUCGCCUCAGAUAGCAGUAAUUCCCAAUCACGGUACAGCUUCUGCCUUAUGAAAGUGCCUCAAAGAGACGCCAUGUGCUGCUUAUUGAUGUGGAAAGGGCUUCUUUCUUCAACCUACCUGUCUGCGUCUGUCAUGUGUGAGGGUGCACGUGCUUAAGCGGGGUACAAAGAACCAAGAAAAAGCAGCACAAAUGGCAAGUGCAUCGAGCAGACGCAGGUAUGCCGAGGUCCACCCAAAUGUGUGUCCUGUAUGCUCCUCACAUUUCAGCAACUAUUGUAUUAGUCUGACUUCUCAAAGGACAAUACUAUAGAAAUGAAACUUGGGUUAUACUUCAGAGUACUCGUUUACCGCUUGUAUAGCAGUACAGACUUACAUUCGCGCUUUGAAUAUCGCAGCUUUUUCAAAAUACAUUCAUUAACAAAUCAUGGUUGUUUUGUGGUUGACGACGUCCUACUUUUAGUUCAGAAAUAUGCAUAAUUUAAGUAAAUGUUACAUAUUUUUUAACCUAAAUUGAGCAUUUUAAAGGAUACAAAUGUCGAAAUGAACUAACAUACAAAUAUAAGGCAUUCAGAAGACGCAUUGAAAGACGUGUUGUGAUAUGUAGUAUUCUACACUGGUCACUAGAUGUCAGUAUUGUUACAUUGCCACCACAGGAAGUACUGUACAGGAACCAGAAGUAAAAAAGGAACGCACAUAAGGAACUCUCCCAAUUCUAACAUGUGUGAGCCUAUAUUAUAUCCUUUGUGUCAUAUUUUUAUCUUAUUAUGUCUACGACAUUUGGUAAUAUGAGUGUGAAGGUGGCUAUAGGGGCGUUACUUCAGGUCUAGAGGGCUUUAAUAAUGUUAAAAAAUUUAUUUAGAAGGUUGUAAACAGGUUUUCCAUGCUGUAACUAUGAAAAUAUUGCUUUUAUAAAUAAGGAGUCCUUAUCACGGCCAGGUGUGGAAUUAAUUAACCGCGAUAAACGAGGGGUGACUGUGCUAUCCCCUGAAACUGACUCAACACACGACUGUUAUUGUCAAAAUAGCUGGCGACGCAAGUGAGUACCAAGAUUAUUGUGUCUUGUCUCUGGUCAAGAAGAAUGGUGGUGGUGGCGUCAUGGUUUGAUGCUGCACGAGUGCUGCCGACACUGGGGAACUGCGGUUCAUUGAGGGAAACAUGCGCUGUGACAUUCGGAAGCGGGAAAGUGAAACACAUGGCAGUUUUCCAAAUGAUAACAAGUCCAAACACAACUCCAAGAUGGCAAGUGUGUGUCUCCGCACCUGAACCCAGAUGAGCACUCGUGGGGCAUCGUCAGGUAAGUGGAGGAGACCAAAGAGUCUAAACAUCCACCAGGUACACCAGUGAUGUCAUCACGGAGGAGUGGAGGAGGAUUCCACUAACAACCUGUGCAGCUUUGGUGAAUUCCACACCCAAGAGGAUUAAGGCAGUGCUAGAUAACAAUGGUGCUCACACUUUUUAGUGGAUAAUAAAUCUAUGCUGCUAUACAAGCUGGACACUCACUACUAUUAAUUCUAUGUAAGUAUUGUCCUUAAGAAGAUACCGCAUAAAGUCAUUUGCUGAAAUAUGAGAGCUCUUCUCACUUUUGUAAAGGCCUCUUCUCAAAUAAAUGCCUUACUUCAAACAAACGCCUGGUGCAUUCUGCUGUUAAAUAAAUAAAUUGCAAGUACUCGGGGACAUACAGUGCUUUAAUAUAUAGAUAUGCGUGCUUACAUAUGUUUGUAUUUAAGACAGAGUCUAUGACCAGUAACAGGACAGUUUGUAUUUAGUUUUUGUCAAAGGUGCUCACAGUCCAGCUUGCAAAAAGCAUGCAUGUGAAAUGCUGUGUGUAGAGAUUCUGAUGAAUGCGCACAUUUUAAUUUGAUAUAAAAAUGAAAAAACAUGAGUACUUUCCGCUGACACAAUUCAAAAACAAAGUAAAGCAUGUAAAAAGUAUGAAAUUAAAC